AUGUUUAGCACCCUGAUCAUAUUUGAAGUAACUGUUUGGCCUGGCUGUAGAAUCCCCAUCUUCGAGCGUGCACAACGUUUUUCCAAGCUGAUGGCAGAAGACAACCUGUUUCUUCCAAAACGUUGCGUAAGACUCAAACCUGCAGUCGAAGAUGAGGCUGCGAGGCGGAUCACCGAUUAG